CCUUCCUCUGUUUUGACAAACGAAUGUCGAUUUAGGCGACAAGUUCUAGCACGGCGAAAACCGAUCAGUUUUCGAAUUUAGUACUCUUCCCAGACCUUCAAUUGUUAACUGCUGUACUGUUUUGACGGCGAUUUGCUCGGAUGGCUAACCAGCCAUGUAACACCAUGCAUCCUGAAGUUGACGUGUUUAUUAGCAACUACACCUUGGUGGACCCUGAUGUUUAUCAAUUAUGGGUAGAUGGUUGUUCGUCUCAAGAAGCUGUGAACGCAUUAGACGCGAAAGGGGUCACGAAGCAGACUGGUGCAACAAGGGAGUUACUAACAUCUGACGUUCUUGAUCAUUAUCGUACUUACAGCUUACUGGAAAGGCUUCUGUACAAUCCACCGAAGCUAGAGGAGCAGCUCGCUUUUCAGAUUGAACCUCAGACGAAACGUCUUCUGAUUGAAAAGUACUAUGACUUUGAUGAUGAAGUUAUAAGAGAACUGUUGGGGAAAAAACUGUCUUCUCGACAUCGCAAAGACUUGGAUGAAGUCAGUGAGAAAACGGGAAAAUCAUUGAAAUCCUGUAGGAGGCAGUUUGAUAAUGUGAAAAGAGUGUUUAAAACUGUUGAGGAGAUGCCGGGACCACUUGUACGAAACAUUCAGAAACAUUUCUUACUUCAUGAGGAAACAGCAAAACGCUACGCUGCUGUUGUCUUUAUAGGACUGGCUCGCUUUGAGACAGGAAAACGCAAGCUGCAACAUCUAGUACUGUCUGAUUUUGAACACUGUGCUCAUGCUAUCAUGGGAAGCUGGACAUAUCGAGAUCCAGGGACAGAACAUGAUCACACUGACCUAGACAGAGAGUUCUUGCUUGACCUGCGUGAACUCAGAUGCCUGCAGGAUAAAGAGAAAGAACAUAAGCAUUUGGUGCUGAUGAGAUUAAAGCCUGUCCUCUUGGAACGGUCCCUCAAUGAGCUGGAGUCAAGCUUCCGCUCAUAUUCUCGUGCAUUGGUGGGUAUUGCUGCAGGCCUUCACCGUACACGAGAGGUCCGAUGUUUGUUUGUAGAGCUUGUUGAACGUUGUUUGGAACCAUGGAGGCAAGCAGGUUGGCCACAUCAAGACCUUCGAUCAUUCCUCAAUGCUUAUACUAUGUCAGCACUUGAGAUGGACAUCUUCAGGGAACCUGAAUUGAAAGCAGCUUGGGAGCGAUACAUGAGUGUGAUCAUAAGCUGUCUUCUGCGCAUGUAUCAUACGUGAUGGAAUCAUCAUGUGUAAUUUGUGUCCUGAUUGUGAUAUUCAUUGUGGAAGGUUGGUUACAAAACAAAUUUUGAAAUGUAUAAUAUUUGGUUUUAUUUCUUACAUACCAUGUACAAGAUGUAUUAUAUACUGUGUAUUUUUGUACAAAGUUUAUUUAAAUGGAAAAUACAGCAUUCUACAUUGCU